CUCUAUUUUCAUCAGUUUCCACGUUAGAAAAUAGAAAGAAUCUGAUUUUUUUAAAUUUCGUGUCCGGUUAAAAAUCUAUCCAAAUCACACUAAUUGAAUAAAAAAGAAAUCUGAUUUUUUUCCACUUUCAAAGCAGAUUUUGAUUGGUUUCAGCCUUUCUUAAUCGAAUUUUAAGAGAGAGAUUUAAUGUACAACACUGAAUUAAUGAAUCAAAAGAGACUAAAACGGAUUGAAAUCAAUCUUUCAAACUGAAAACAUAAAUUUCAAGCAGAAUAAAAUAGAAUCAUUUUAAUAAAUUUUUUCGCAAAAAAUACUCCGUACUUUCUGAUUUUUUCUUAAAGCUUCUUAGAUGAGCUUUGCAUCUUGCAACUGAUCAUAACUUAGAAUCUCUAUUAUGCAAACUGUUUGAAAGUUUCACACGUCUGAUAUAAAAAAAAAAUUUAUCUGGUUCACUUAUAUUGUUCAUCUACCCGUAAACCUAAGCACACUAUAAAAAGCAUCAAAUAGCAAGGGUUCCACUGAAGUGUAACCAGGUUAACCAUGUACUAAAAUUAACAGCACAACAAAAAAUGUUAAACGAUCUUACUCUGUGAAAUUGAUCAACGGGCUAUUGUCUUGUGAAAGCUUGUGCUAAUGGAUGAUAAUCCUCAAGAACUUCAAAUAUCUACGAAGAAACAUUAGUCUUUCUGUUUAAUAUGCAGUUUGGCUUGAUUCUAGUGUUCUUUUUCAAAAAAUUAACAUUGUCGAAGUUUACUCAACUUAUGAUCAAGAUGAUAAUACAAUUUUUACAAUGUUUUCAUUAAUGACCGCAGUGCUUGUGCAGUUUCAUAGUGUAGAAAUGCUUGGCCCGACACAGGCAUGGUCGACCCAUUAAAUAGUGGCCCGAUUUCGGGGCCUGCUAUGAUGCUAUUUCAAUACAUCCACACCCAUACCCUUACCCACGCCUUGUAUAUAUUGUGGAAAAACGUCGGAUUUGUCCCAAAACGCUUACGGACCUAUUAAAAGAUCCCAAUAGAUCCCGAAAAAAUAAGUUCCUGUAGCUGCUAUACUGCCAAAGUUUUAACACCCACUGAUUCCUGUUCAGUUCUAAGUCGCAAAAAAAUUCUUUACUCAUGCUAUAAUCAUUUCGUAUAAAAGUGUAAUCGACAAUACCUUCUAUGGAUUCUAAUUUUUGCAAGUUUGUAUCUUGCUAAUGGAUUUCCAACAAAUGAAGGUAUAUGUUAAUUUCAUUUGUAUUUUAUAUAAACCAAUUUUGUAUUAAUAUUAUAGAAAUUUCUCCUGCAAAAAAGUCAUUCGAUGAUCUUCGGGAGCGUUACACACGCAAUGCAUGGGAUGACCAAAUUUGUUCUUGCCCAUGUAGUUGUAUAUGUGCUUCAACUGAACCGUCACAAACAAGCGAACAAACAACUAGCUCGACCACGACAACACCGCCUUCAUCAACAACCUCAACAUCAAUCUCAACCACAACAACAACAACAACUGAAAUAACAACAACCACAACAACAACAGUAACAACAACAACAGUAACAACAACAACUGAAACAACAACAACUGAAACAACAACAACUACAACAACAACAACAGUAACAACAACAACAACUGAAACAACAACAACCACAACAACCGCAGCAACAACAACAACCACCACCACAACAACAACAACAACUACAGCAACGACAACCACAACAACAAUAACUGAAACAACAACAACAGCAACAGCAACAACCACCAGCACCACAACAAGAACAACCACAACAACUACAGCAAAAACAACCACAACAACAGCCACAACAACAACCAUAACAACUACAGCAACAACAACCACAACAACAACAACAACAACAACAACAACAACAACAACAGUAACAACAACAACAACAACAACAACAGUAACAACAACAACUGAAACAACAACAACCGCAACAACAGCAACAACCACCACCACAACAACAACAGCUACAGCAACGACAACCACAACAACAAUAACUGAAACAACAACAAACACAACAACAACAGCAACAACAACAACAACAACAGCAACAACAACAACAACUGAAACAACCACAACAACAGCAACAACCACAACAACUGAAACAACGUCAACAACGACGACUACAACCACGCGCUGCUUCGAUAUAUGCUGGCAAGAGGAUUGUGAAACAGGUACCAAUACUAGCAUACCAUGUCCUAGUGCAACUGUUUCAACGCCAUCGACUACAAUA